AUGUAUCCUUCUAUUACAAAAGUUAAUCCCAUUUCUAAUUUUAAAGUUUAUGUUAAUAAUAGUGAAUUCUUCUAUAGUAACCUACCUAAAAUUAGUGACUACGUUAACAUUAAAAAGGUCCCUCCGAAGUUUAAUAAGGAAUUAUCAUAUUAUGCUGCAAUAUGUGGAACUUACGUGGCUACUUAUCUAUGUGGAGUUUCUACCCAUCACACAAGUCCUCAUGACGACGUAAAUCCUAUUAUAACAUCUAUCAUGAAUUUUCAUAUUUACCUAUGGGUUAGAAGAUUUGUUAAAAAUCCUGAUUUACUUCAGCAGUAUUCUGGUAACCUAAGGGCAAUAUCUGGAAAUAUUCCUGUUAAGGGACACUGGGAUGUUGAUAAGUAUAGUGACACUAAAGCAUCUAUCGGAAUUGUUUACAGGAGGUUCAAGAACGAACAUAGGACUGUUAGAAAUGUUAGGCCCGCUAGGAAUGCUUCCGGAAGAGUAGUAGGACUUAGUUACGAUGAGUUGGUAGGUAUAACUUCCCUUGCUAGUGCUAGCGACUACAUGAGGUAUUAUGCUACCAAAAGUACAGGUCUCGUUGAUACUUCGCUCAUACAGGAAAGCUUGCAGUGUUAUGUCUACUGUGUCCUUGGAGCUCAAGCUAAUACUAGGUGGGCCAUAGUUGAUCGUGGAACUUCCUCCUUACUGACACAAAAAGGAUUCCGUCAGCUUGUAGAGGAUAUGGUUGUUCAAACUGAUUUGACUGUUGGUAUAUCUAAUAUGAGAAUUGCAAUCAGGGACACUAACGCCAUAGUUAAUACUGCGAUUAACCCUGACAUCAUACUAUUUCCAUCGAACCUG